AUGGGAAACACUGGAUCCGUACAGUCAUCGAAAGCGCGAAAAGAACGGAAACGAGAAAGUGGCGACAGCGUAGAUGAUCGUUCCGCGAGGAAUAAAAAAGUUGUGACUGGCUCUGAACACCGUGCCAAUGGGAAAGAAAUAAUAAAAUGUCGCGCAACUAAUCCCUUUAUCAUAUUUUUUCUACGAUUACGAACUAAGAAACCCAAAGAACAUGUAACUGUGAUUGCACGAGCAGCUGGGAAAUUAUGGACUCAAAUGACUCCAGAACAGAGAAAAAAAUAUAUAGAUCUGGCAAAUGCGGAAAAAAUAAGACGAGAACAAAGAAAGAAACGAAAAACAAGGUAA